UCUUACAGUCACUCAUCAGAUCCCAGUAGCCAUGAUGGUGGAGCAGAUCAAGAGCAAUUUUGCUUUUCAGGAAGGCUUGGCUGCUGCCGGAGAUGAACUAGUAGUAGUUGAUGUCUCAGCCACGGGGUGUAGACCUUGCAAAAUGAUCAAGACUUUCUUUCAUUCUUUCUUUUCAUUGGAAAAGUAGUCCAAUGUGGUGCUGUCCCUCGAAGUAGAUGUGGAUGACUGUCAGGACGUUGCUUCAGAGUGUGAAGUCAAAUGCAUGCCAAUCUACCAGUUUUUCAAAAAGGGACAAAAGGUGGGUGAGUUUUCUGGAGCUAAUAGGGAAAGGCUUGAAGCCACCAUUAAUAAUGAGUCUAAUCAUGUUUUUUUAUUAGCCACUGGCUACUUAAAACCUGUAAUUUUUUUAUUUACAUAAAGUAUGAAGUAU